GUCGAGGCUUUCGUGGGGGACCUCCCGCAGGGCGCCCUGUGUGGCGCGGAGGUUGCUGCCCAGGUCAAGUGGUGCGAGUUCUUGCUCAGUGUGGACGAGUCGCCUAAGGCUCACCACGACCUCUUCUGGCACUUCUCCGUCUGGAGGCUCCUGGCGGAGAAGCUUGGCACGCUUUCGCAGCUCGACAUUGGCGAUUCGUGCAUGCGCGAGAUCAUCGGGACCACUGUCAGGCACGGCGAGAAACCUUACACUUUGGAGGCAGAGACCUCCGUCUUCCAGGCGUGGGUUGUCCAGCUGGCGCAGGUCGCCUUUGCCUACAGGGUCCAGUGCAAGUGCGCCACUGUCGUGCCUCAAGCUCCGACGCCUGAAAGCACCCCGGCGGGCACGAUGAAUGCUUACCUUGAGGCGCAGGCAGCGAGCCACAAGCGCUCCGUGAAGGCGCUGUCCUUCAACCUCGCAGCCAGGCUCACCGAGCUGGGGAUGGACAGAGAGAAAGGGCGCCUGUAUGUAGGCAGCGCCGACGGCGAAGAUCUUCAGAAGAACUUCCGCCCAGCGUGGUCGAGGAUUCCUCGCAUCGACGUGCCCGUGGGCGACGGGCCGAUGCCAGACCGCCAGCGGCAAAUGGCCGAGCUGAAGCGGGUCAGGGCUACCUCGGAGCUGGACUAUCCUGGGUACGCCAUAUUCCACGCCCACAUGGAUUGGGGCCUGAAGCUCAUUCUGAUGAAGACCGCUACCCCCCUCGAGGUUCUCGGCUACUCGAUGCUGCUCAGCAGGGUCGCUGAGGAGGAGGGCGGCGUGCGCACAGCUUACCAAUAUGAUGUCAUGGCUCGCCUGGCGAUGGCGAAGGCCCUGGAGCGUGGCGACCCCGAUUGGAACCUGCAUUUCACGAAAGUCGACGCCGAUCUCGCCAAGCAGGCGAGGAGCAAGGUGGAAACCAGGGCGGCCAAAGCAGCCAGGGCGCUGGCAGGUAAGGGCGCGGGCAAGGGCAAGCACGGCAAGGGCGACGCCUUUGGCGCGAAGGGCAGCGAGCGCAGCUCGGGCAGCGCUGCAGCGAGGCCGCCGCCACGGUCGCUCUCGCCAGCUGUGCCGCCGCGGUCCCGCAGCCCCUGGCGCAACCAGGGCGGCUGGCACCAGGGCAACGACCAGGGCAGCUGGAAGCAGAAAGGCUGGCAGCAGGGCAG